CUUAGUUUGGCUCCAACAAUCCAGUCAAUACAGAGAGACAAGGACGGAAAACAUGGCGAAUACUGCCGCCGGUUGGUCUCCGGUUUUGGCUCCAAUCUAUUCUCCGGUAAACACAAAGCCAAUCAAUUUUCACUUCUCAGCUUCUUUCUACAAGCCUCCUCGUCCAUUUUACAAGCAGCAAAACCCUAUAUCGGCUCUACACAGGUCGAAAACUACUCGUGUGAUAGAGGUAGUAACACCAAAGCAAAGGAAUCGUUCUUUUUCUGUUUUUGGAUCACUCGCUGAUGAUUCUAAGUUAAACCCAGAUGAAGAAUCAAAUGAUUCCGCAGAGGUAGCUUCUAUAGAUAUUAAGCUACCGAGAAGAAGUUUGCAAGUGGAAUUUACUUGCAAUUCAUGUGGAGAAAGAACUAAGCGGCUUAUCAAUAGGCAUGCCUAUGAAAAGGGCCUUGUCUUUGUUCAAUGUGCAGGGUGUCUAAAGCAUCAUAAACUGGUUGACAAUCUUGGUCUCAUUGUUGAGUAUGAUUUCCGGGAAACCUCCAAGGAUUUGGGUACCGAUCACGUUUGA